AAAUAAUAACCUGUAAUAUAUAAAGUCUAUAAAUCUGGCAUCACUGGCUUACUGUCAUCGGCAUCGCGCUCGUGCUGUCUCUCAAAAGGAACUGUCAAAAAGUGUUCGCGUUUAAGUUUUCUUUACCCAGCGACUUUCGUUUCGUGACCAAAAAAGUGUCCAACUUGGGAAAGCAGAGUAGAAUAUUACGGUCUACCACUAUUUGGUUAUCGAAACCCCAAUACUCGUAGUUUUAUUCUAAGAUCUUGCUUGCAUUUGAGUUGUUAUCAAAAGUGGAAGUUUUGUGAAGAAUGGAGUGUUUACCGGAAACGUUUAACUAGCGCACACACGCACGGCAGAAGGAGAGCUGGGGCAGAAAACAGAAAAAAGGCAUAAUCUUCCCAUUACCGUCUGUCAAAGUUGGUAUUUUUUCCCAAUGGUUUUCGGGGUUUUCGGAAAGAACGUACAAGAGAAGCAAGGAUGAGUGCCGAGGAGUUUAUUUAUAGUGUGGUCAACAGUGAUAACGUUGCUCAACUUGAUUUAAAUGUAAUUGCCAACACGCUGGCCAGUGUAGAUUCGCUGAUUCGACAGAUCAAGUCCCAGCAGGUGGAGAAUGAAAACCUAAAGGAAAAAAUCUCGUCACUUCGGUCUUCCGCUCUGCAGAUCAAGCAGUUGUACGAAGCGGAGGUUGGCAAGAAUCAAGGAACAGUGAACCGCGAAGAAGAUUACAUAAGGCAGCUGAGGGUGCUGGAAGGUAGAGCAUCCGCAGCUGAGAAUGCGCGAGUUAAUGCGGAACUACGCGAGAAGGAAACGGUGGCGGAACUGGAAAGAAAACUGGAAAGUAGUAAAGAACGUUACGAUGCUCUUGCCGUGGAUAUGGUUAAAAGUUGCUCGCUGCUAGCUGAUAAUGGUUUGCUACCCACGGAACAGCAGCUGAGAUUUCGGGAUGUCAAAAGCCAUGUCCAAGGAAUAAUUCAAAAUGGCCAAGAGGUGCCGGAGGACAUAGUAGCAUAUUUGAGCAGGAAGAAACCUUCCAGGAAAAAACGUAAAUCUGAGUGUGAGCUACGUGAUCAAGCCGCUAUUACAAUCGGUCAGUCGUCUUGCUCGGUUGGUGUUAAUACAAUUUCUGAAUUGCCAUCACAAACGACUUCUUCCACUUCGACACAUGAUUUGGUGACAGUUUUCCCUAAUUGUUUGAUGUCGGAUGAACCGAAGCCUCUUCCAGCGCUGCCGAAGCGAACUGUUGUCGACAAAAGCACCAUGUAUUCGAGCUCAACUAUUACUCGAUCGACAUGUACUUCCGCCUUUAUUAAAAAGGUUGACGUGGGCAUAAAUUUUCCGGAAGUUAUUCCAAAGUCCAUCGACGACAUUUUACGAGAAUGUGUCAUUGAGCUCCCAUCGUUGCUUUCUCCAAUACUAGAUGAUAUCCCUAUUCGCAAGGAAUCGGUACAUACUCAAACGGAAUCGUGGCAGGAUCAAAUACCAACGAAAACUCAAAUGGCUUCUUGUGGCACAAACACAAAUUUGCGUAACAUUCGUCGAAAGAUUGACUAUGUUCGAAAGUUCGAACAGCUUCCUGCCAACCAGCUGUUAUCUAGCAUAAAAAAGGAAGAAAUGAUUUCACCAGCCGGAUCGAUUCAAAAUAUACCAGCCGUUUUCCACCAAUCAGAUGAGCUUACCGGUGUAAAUCCUCAGCUGACGCAGAUUUGGGGUUUGCUAGGUGACACGAUGUUCCGCUUGCUGGGCAGUGGUCGCAUGUUCGAUAGCCAGUGUUACAAUACCAUCAACGAGCGGAUGGCUAUGAUUAACAACCUGAUCGAUCCCGAAACGAGACGGGGGACGGAAAUGAUGAGUGAAGUGUUCGCUGCGGCAGCAGCAUCCGCUGCGAUGGCCUCCUCCGAAUGCGAAGAGGACAGUGGGAAACCCGUCGCUGGUCGACGGGCAGACUCGUCGGUAGUACGUUUGUCUAUGGGUCGGGGGAAAUGCAUGGAUGACUAUGAGGCAGAUGCCGCCGGGAUGGACGAUGCGGAGGAAAGAGACGAGCCAGAAUUAUGUGAAACUUUAUCGUUGGAAACAAUAGCUUUUCCCUGCGCGGGUAUGGCAGAGAGCCAAUCGAAUGGACCGCCAGAUGUAGAUUCUUGCCGUUUAGAGCGUGAAGCUGUCACUGGAUCGACGGACGAAAUUUCUUCUGCCUGUGAAGUAGCUCCAUCUGGUGGUGCAGAUAAAUCAACAACUCUACCAACCGUUCCUGAAAACAGUGGCGCCGUUACAGCAACCGAAGCCAAAGAAACAUUAGUCGUGACAAGUGAAUCGACCGAGGUGAUCACCGACCCUGACUGCCCUUUGGCAGACGAGUUGCCUUCUUCAUCGCAAGAAGAUCCUCACAUUUUCAGCUUAAUCCAACACACGGAGGAGUCCAAUGAUUUUGCAGCAUUAAUUGCGUCAAGUGACGAAUUGCCUACACCAGUUGAAUAUAACGAAUCAGGCAAUCCUACGCUAGAGGAGCAUGAUGAAAUUGCGCAGGAGUUGCGUCUAAUGGAAGAAGGAAAUACGCACCGAGGUGAAACACUACCGGCAACGUUUUCAUUCGGCGCUCUGGACAAAACCAGUGAAAAAUACUACAUGCAGGUAGUUGGUGAUGAAGAUGUAGCUUCUGGUACUGACGAUGAGAGCGACCAAAUGUUGAUCGCAGACAAUUCACCUAGCCGUUCGCUGCAGAGCUCAAGUUGUACCUCAAUUGGUAGCAAUGGUACGUUAAUAUCACCCAUCAAGGUGAAGGAAACCAACGACCUGGUUAAGGAUCAGUUCAAAACGCCAACCAGCCCAGCCAUCAGCAAGAGGAAGCUGAGAGAAAGGUUGGAAGGUGGGAGUCCGGUGAAACGAGGUCGGUUAUCUCCCACGACUGAAACGCUGCUUGAAGAUGACUGGGAUAGGAAACUGCUGCACAUAAAAGAUUAUUUCAUGCUUCCGCUAAGUUUGAAUCCAAUCGAAGACGCUGAACGUCAUAUUGAUGCAAGGGAUGAUGAAGAUAAUGAAGAUUGUGAUACUGAUGAUAACGAAGAGGAUGAUCCUGUGCAAAAUUUACCGGAUUGUUUGGCUACAGAACGAUUCGACGUCACUUACAAGGAUGACCAGGAGUCUAAACGACCAAACGAGGAGUUGACGAAACCAAUCAGAGUUGAUGUUGGCGUUGUUUCUAGUAAUGAGAUCAUAGAUUCGCCCCAAUCACCAGUCCCAGCCUCACCGGUAUCCUCUCCACGGUACGACAGCUUUAAGGAACCGCUUCGAAUAGAUACGGUGAACACUACUACAAGUACUGCCACGGAUUCACCGGAAUCGCCUAUUCCAGGAGAUUCUCCCAUGUCGCCAGUUCCUGACACACAAAGCUCCAGUUCCUGGAGCUGCGAAGAUUCGCCAAUGUCUCCGCCUCUCGAAAGUCGCAUUUCCAUGUACAACGAAACGGUCGAGCCGAAGAUAAUUCCUUUGGAGCACCCAAUCGCUAACCGAUUGGAGGAUGACUGUAGUAACACUCCUAUAGGAAAAACUAUUGCCAGGUAUAGCACCAGUAGGCGAGCGGAAGUUUUACGCAGAAUGGCUCCUGAUGCCAGUAAGAAGGAAGCUGCUUUGAUUCGAAAGGUUGUUCAGUUGAUCAAAGCAUACGUUCAAGGUGAAUGGACGAUGGAUGGUGUGACACAUCGAUGUACAGAACUGAUGCAGGUGACAAAAGACACCCGAAUAAUUUCACAGGCAUUUAUUGACAGUGUUGUCUCCUAUGGAGAUAUGCCGGUGGAUGUUCAAUGCUCUCCUCCGGCACCUCCGUUACCAAGGAUAGUCCAACAAUUGGUACUGUUGUUAAAGACGAUGAACGAAUCGUUAUUAAGCUUGGAUAGAGUGAUUUUGCAGGAGAUUGAUCGGAAAGUUUUCACGCUCAAAUCUGACAAAGUGAACUUAGUUAGUAUUACAGCGAUGACCCACUUGUACAUUGGGAUAACCGACUGUAACCGAUUCCUCGGUGGUACGGGUAGAUUGUACAUUUACAAGUGUUUGUACUACUUCAAUUUCAAAGGUUUACCUUUGAUUUACUACAUUUUGAAAGCUUUUCCACACGCUCUUCCGAAGAAAGGCAGUCUCCAUUAUGACAACUCAGAUGCAGUGGUAAGCACUAUCCGGACCGUUCUCAUGAAUACAAACUUUUUGGAGCGUCCCAAUAGCGCUGGUGCACAUUUGUAUAAGAAAAGCGAACUACUCAAGCUUCUCAAGUACUUCUACGGCUAUCAGCAGGGGUCGCCAACGUACGAAGAACUGAUCAUCAAUCUGGUAGAAAAGAUCAAGGCCAAUAAGCUUCGAAACGUCGACUACUGUCUUAUUCUUGUAGCCAAACGAAAAGGCUAUGCAUGGGCUAAUACUCACAUUGUUCAGAAACACCUUUAUCCGCUUCUCAACGACUACCUCAAACAACUGAAUGCAGAAGGAACGGUGGAUGAUCAGAUUUGUUGUUUAAUUUUCACCCUUUCAGCUAUCCUCAAAACUCAGCCAAACGGUCAAAAUGUAUCCGGUAUAAUGCAGAUUCUCGGAAGCAUCGUGCAAAUGUCCGACAGCAAUCGGAGGGUGCAGGAGGCGGCCGUAGCUGCUCUGAUGCGUAUGACUCGCUUCGGUUUUGCCGACAUCUAUGAAUGGUUGUGCAAAUGGUGCCCGACGUACGAAGUGAGCGGCCGAAUAAAACUUAUGAUGGCCACGUUUGUUCACCGGAAGGAUGGUCGCUUCUGGCAACAGCUUAAUCAGCGAGAAAUAGUGUAGUCUGUGAUCAAAAAGAAAUCGGUUGAAUUAUUUAUUGCACGAUCGUUUGGAACGUCUGCAGCAACGCGUACACUUGCUGUGUAGCGAGCCUUCCAAAAUCUCUAAUUCUAAAAGAGCUGGGUCGAUCUUUCGUUCCGAGUGAGGUUAAUAUAAGAAUCGAAAAGAACAACGGCAACAGAGCACUGAUUGCGCAUGUGUAUUUUUAUAAUGUUUGAUAAUAUAUGAAAGUAAUCAGACCGUUAGAUAUUUAAUUUUCCUGAAAGUAAAUUGUAAAUAUUUGUGGAAGUAGGCAAUAAAUAUCUAAUGGAAAGGAAUCCAUUUGUGAAA